AAAUAAAUGAUUUCUAGUCUCAAAUUUGUUGCAACGUGAGAAGACGGAUCUGCCCGGCUGACACUACAUAAAUCUCCGCCUGCCCGAUGCAAUCAGCGGCGUGUUAUCAUCAUGGCCCGCUCGGCGGCCAUUGGGACUUUGAUCGAUGAAUUGAUUGUCACAAUAACACGAUCAGAUAAGACAUCUGCCACCUUUCCAUCCACCAAAAAGCGCUGCGAUGCAAUAUUGAAGGACAGCAGUACCUGGAAUCGCACCGAUCCAUUUGCUAUAGAGAAGCAUCUGGAUGGUUUACAGGAGAAAUUCCGCAUCCUCAACAAGGAUGAUCUGGCAGACGCUUUAGGUAGUCGUCUGUCAGAAUUGGAUGGACAGCGCUCGUCAUGGACACCUGAAUUAUUGUCUCUCUUGUUGCAGCUAUCUGACCGCCCUGCCAAUGUGUAUAAAGUGCCUAAAUUUGAAUCAUCUAGAUCUGGCGGCGCGUCCAUUGCCAUCAAAUGGUCAGAAAUAGACGCUGCCGGGUCUGAAUUUGCCGAUGAAGAUAUUUGGGACGAUAUUGACUAUGGUGCAGCUUCUUCUGAUAGUGAAUCUUCGCUCCCUUCCAGUGAUGUUUCAAUUCCGAGGAUACUGCCUCAAAGAACACAGCCAUUGCGAGAUGAGUUUGUAAUACCUGACGAACUCCUCUCAUGUGGAGACGAUGACGAAUUGAUAACGAUUAUUAAAAGCGGCCAUUUCUGGGAGUACGACUCUGCUGCAGUCCGCGAGUUUUCGGAGAGUCAUACUCGUUUCGUUACGGAGCUGCAGGCUGUCCGUGAAAUACUGUUCAUGCUGCAAGGAUUGCCUACAUCAUUAUUUUGGAAUAUCGAUAACAGUAUUGCUGUGGACAGGAGAUAUGCUCUCAGCCAUGCCUCUAAUUCAGUGUUCCUAUAUAUUCUUCGUUCUUGUGCCGAUAUUGGCGUUGAACUUGGAAAAUUAAGAAAAUUUGUACAGAUUCCACAAUCUGUAGUGUUCUUGCAAACAUUCACCCGAGGUGUUGAGAAGGAACUUGCAGAGUUUGAUGCUUUUUUGUCGCAGAAGCAACUGAGCUAUCUGUCGUCAGGGAAUACAGUCACGGUCAGUCUGUUACAAUUGACAGAAGAGGUCCAGAAAGAAGUACGAGUACUCUUGGUCCUGGGUAAUCUCGUCACCAAACUGGGGUCAGCGCCACCAGAGCAGUCAUUUCUUUGUCUAGACUUGCUAUAUAAUCUGGUUUGCAUUAAUCAAGCCUCUGGAAACGAACAUGAAUACAGAUCUCUCGCAAAGCUUUUCUUCUCCUGCUUUGAAGCUUAUGCACGACCGUUGCGCUUGUGGCUAGAAAGUGGAGAUCUCGAGUCUUCUCAAGAUCACUUUUUCAUCACCGAUCGUCGACACGAGCAUGACCUGCAGACAGUAUGGCAUGACUGGUAUCUUCUAAGGGAGACGUCUGGUCAUCUCCAUGCGCCGAUAUUCAUCAAACCAAGUGCCCGGAGAAUUCUCACCACAGGAAAGAGCAUGGUUUUUCUACAAAAGCUGAAUGUUGCGAUAGACGAGUCUGAGUCAACCCAUUGGCAACCACUCAAGUUUGAAGCUGUCUGUCCAGACGAUACAUCAUGGCAACUCUUACCCUUUUCCAGUCUCUUAGACCAGGCUGUCGAGAACCUGAUUUCAACAAAUCACAUCCUAGCUUCGAGUAUGUUGCGGGAUCAGCUCAACAAGGAAUGUGGAUUAUGGACAUCGCUCUCUGCCUUGCAAUAUAUCUAUCUAUGCAAAGAUGUUUCGGUCUCUGCCGCAAUUGAUAGCAAGAUCUUCGAAUCACUCGAUAGACGUGGUGGAGUCUGGAACGAUCGAUACCUUCUUACCGAAUUAGUACAAAGUGCCUUUGGCGAAACGGAUUGUGUCGACACAUCUCGACUCAUUGUGCGUUCGGCGCGCAAUACGUUGCACGAUUUUGAGAGCCAGAGCCGUAAAGUCAAGAUACUCAAGUCCAUCUCGAUAGACUAUGUACUUCCCUGGCCUGUUGCUAACAUCAUCACCAAACCCGCUAUGAAUAUGUAUCAACGCAUUUCUACAUUUCUGAUGCAGAUCCGACGGGCGAAAUACAUUCUUGAACGACAACGACUACUGAAGAAGGAUUACACCGGGGACAACGAUGAUGAAGAUGAUGGCUUGAGCUAUAUUAUCCGGCACAAUUUGCUUUGGUUCGCAAACACACUUUACGGGCAUAUCACGGAUAUGGUAAUAGCCACCAACACCACAACCAUGGAAAAGACUCUGGCAGAGUCGCCAGAUAUAGAUGGCAUGAUUUCCGUGCAUGAAUCUUACAUGUCUUCAAUUGAGGAGCAAUGUUUCUUAUCGCAUAAUCUAGCGCCUAUUUAUCAAGCAAUUAUCAACCUGCUUGAUUUGUGCAUUCAUUUUGCCGAUAUUCAAGCUGCGCGUCAUGGAGAUGCGAAUCGAUACGAUACAUCGCAUCGCUCAUCUACUGCCCUCAACGGUCAAAGACAACAAUCGAGACGAAGACGUCACCGAAGACGGACAGCGGAUAGCUCUGACUCCGAGGAUGAAGAUCACAACGAUCAUGAUCGUGAAAAUGAUGACGACGAGGAUUACUACGAUGAAGGAAAUACGACUAGUAUAUCAUUCAUUGAAUCAUCUUAUUCACACAGACUGGAAUAUGUUAUGAGGCAGUUUCAUCGAUCACUGGCAUUUGUCAUUGCGGGACUGAGAGGUGUCGGGAGGGUAGAUGGACAACAGAGUUGGGAUAUACUUGCUGAUCGAUUGUCGUGGAAUGCGCAGUUGAAGAGGUGAUAUAUCCAUAGUCAAUAAAUAACUCAUGAGAUCUACAUAACAGGAACUUUGCCAUUUUGAUAUAACAUCAGUUAUGUCAUUGCUUAGUAAAACCGUCAAUACAAAUAUGCAGAUUUUUUUAUAUAGAAAGAAUAAUGAACGGAAACACGCAGUAUACCUAACCAACCCAUCUGCGAGCACUAUAAAAGAUGCGUCCCCAAGGACCAACAUCCCCCCAUUUCUCCGCAUCCGCUGGUAACCAACUAGCAACACCGCCAAUAACGGUACGUUCCGGAUGAGGCAUAAUAGCCAAAACACGACCGUCAGGAGACCUGAUACCGGCGAUGCCUUCCGGACUACCGUUCGGAUUGUAUGGGUAUGUCAUGGUGGGUUUGAGGGUGGUAUUGUCCACAUAUCGGACGGGGGCAAGGUUAUGUCUGACAAAGUCUUGUGCGGUGACGUCCGGGGUCAUUGUAAAGGAUGCGCGACCUUCUCCAUGAGCCACUGCAAUGGGAAGCGAGGAGCCGUGCAUACCGUGCAGGAAGACGGAUGGUGCAGAAGGGUCAGGGUCGGAGACAUGUACCAUUGCAACGCGACCUUCGUAUUGUUCGCUGGCGUUUCGCUCAAAGCUAGGCCAGGAUUGGGCACCGGGGAUGAGCUCCUUGAGUCGUGAGAGGAAUUGACAUCCGUUGCAGACACCGAGGG